AAGAAGCAGCCGAAAUCUUUCGAGGCGCUGACGCCUGAACUUUCGCAAUGGAUUCUGGACUUUACGAGAGGGAUGGGUUUUGCCCGAACGACUCCCGUCCAGGCCAUGGCGAUACCACUUCUUCUGGGCAACAAAGAUUUGGUUGUGGAGGCUGUCACGGGAAGCGGAAAGACGCUCAGUUUUCUGAUUCCGUUAGUCGAGCGCAUUCUGAAGGCUGAGGAGCCGAACAAAAAGGGUCAUGUGCGAUCUAUUGUGGUGGCGCCCACGAAGGAACUGGCGAGUCAAAUCUAUGAUGUUCUCAUCGGUCUGUUGGAUUUUCACAAGCCUUCUGCGGCUUUUCUGAGGCAGGCGGCGAAGCCCGAGCGGGAUAGUGAAGAUGAAGAUAUGGACGGCAUCGACGACGACGAGGUCGAUGAUGAGGUUCCGCCGGGACCAUAUGCUGUGCCGCAGCUUCUGGUGGGUGGUAUGAAUAAGUUGGCGGAAGACCUGGCGACGUUUGCUCAGCUGGGCCCGAAUAUCCUGGUGGGGACACCGAAGCGACUGGUCGAGGUGCUGCAUUCGUCGAAAGUGGUCGUGAAACGACACUGGUUCGAUUUGCUCGUCCUUGACGAGGCAGAUCGUCUGCUCGAUCCCAAUUUUCAACCGGAUCUGCAGCGUAUUCUCGACAUUGUACCCAAGGAGAGACGAACGGGACUGUUUAGCGCAUCCGUCUCGGAGGCAGUCGAUGAGCUGGUCCGAGUCGGUAUGCGCUAUCCUUUCAAAAUCAGCGCGAAAGUGCGAAGCAAAACUGGCGCGCUGGAUAAGCGUACACCGGAAAGUCUGAAGCUGUAUCACUUGAUCACGAAGCCUUCACUGCGAAUACCACAUCUGAAGCUUAUACUACAGCAAAGUCACGCCGAGAAAUCGAUCAUCUAUGUAUCUACACGUGCAGGCGUAGACUAUUGGAAUCACAUCCUGCAAGCACUGCUCGGCAUGCCAGUGUAUCCCCUUCACGGCGAUCACAAAGCUGCCAUUCGGAUGAAGAAUUUGCAGCGAUUCCGGGAUGCGACGUCCUCGGCAAUACUCCUCACUACGGAUGUGCUCGCGCGAGGGAUUGAUAUACCCGACAUAGAUCUGGUCGUACAACUGGAUCCGCCGAAACAGCCCAAGGACUUCAUCCACCGAUGCGGACGUUCCGGUAGAGCAGGUAAACGAGGCAUGGCUGUCACGUUCUUGAGCGAAGGCGGAGAAGAAGAUUACGUGAAGUACUUGAGUCUGCAGGGCACGCCGCUCGAGCCAUAUCCUGAUGCUCCGACAUUGACAGCCAGCGAUGCCAGAGAAGCCACGAAUGCUAUCCGUAACGUGCUACAACAAAAGCGAGAGCUCCACGAUCGGUCGCAGAAGGCCUUUGUCAGCUGGAUACAGGCGUACAGCAAAACUCUGCCCACAGAUAUCUUCGGUGUGCGAAAAUUGGACUGGGCUGAGACAGGCAGAGCGUGGGGACUAUUACGCUGGCCCAAGAUGCCGGAGUUAAAGCGC